AUGAAGUCCGUCAUCUACCUCAGUGUUGGCCUUUUGGCUGGUGUCAUGGCCCAGGACAGCCUUGCUGGCUGUGGUGCCCUCGCCUCCGACCUUGGCUGCACCGCUGGUGACACUGCCUGCCUCUGCCGCAACGUUAACUUCACCUACGGCAUUCGCGACUGCUCUUUAGAGUCUUGUCAGCAGGCUAGCGAUGCUCAGCAGGCUGUUGCCGCUGGCGUCGACCUCUGCCGUCAGGCUGGUGUUGCUGUCCAGGUCAGCCCCGUUGUCACUGUCGUUCAGCCUACUGGCACCGCGACCGCCACUGCCUCCGUCUCUGGCGGAAGCUCGGUUGCGACCCCCAGCGCGGUCACCACCUCGACCUUCUCCACUGUCAUCACCAGUGGUGGCUCUACCAUCACCUCUGUUGGUGAGACCACCAUCUUCGGUGUUGGUGGCGUCCCUGGUGCCUCCUCGGCCCCUGCCUCGGCUAUCACCACCGCCCCGAUUGUUAGCACCAUCACCAGCGAUGGCACUGUCAUCACUUCCACCAUUGGUUCGACCACCAUCCUCUCUUCUCUGACUGGCUCCGACGCCUCCAGCGCCCUCUCUAGCCAGGCUAGCGAUGCUUCUGAGGCUUCUACCGCCACUGCCACUGACUCUGCCACCGCGACUGUCACGGAGACCCAGAGCGAGACUGGCACCCAGACUCAGACUGGCGCGGCCACCAGUGCCUCCGAGAGCGGCAACGCUGCCAAGCAGACUGCUGUCCCGAUUGCUGGCUUCUUGGCCGCUGCUGGCCUAGCCGCCAUGCUCAUCUAA